CUCAGAUGUGUGGUAGCAUCUUAGAUUUUUUCGAAGAAGGUGAUGAGACAGAGGCGGAGGCAUUAUGGUUCACCGCUUCUCCUAAGGAUCAACCAUCUGGGAAGGACAUUCCCAGGUUUCAAACUACCAACGUGAAGCCCCUGAUGAGGGAGUUGGGAGGACACAUGCAGAAGCCUCUCAUCCUACUUUCACCACACAGACACGAUAGACAUGAAUAACCUCAAGAGCAUAGACUGCUGGACAGUGUAGGAAAAUGACUGGAAAUUGGUAUGUUUUAGCAUGUAUUACUUUUGUUUUUAAUAUGAUUUAUUUAAAUGUUAGCUUGUAUCGUUUAAUUUAGACUAAUGGUUGUGUGGAACAACUUGGUUGCAAAGUCCCUGAAAAUGGAACCGUCGGCUCUCACGAUCUGGGAUGCGCUGUCUGCAUUUCUGCGCUGGCUUCCUCCCACCUUCUAAACCCCUCCUCAGCAGGCAGACUCCAGCAUGCACAUGCACCAGGAGAGAGACUAUAACAUGGCAUGUUUACUCUUGCUGCUUUGCCUGAGGCUACCCGAAUCCACAGUAAAAUGUGUAGCCACAAACAGCAACCAGUCUUAGGAUGUCAGGCCAAGGGUCUCUCCAUGCUUGACUUGCCUACACAACCCUUCUGAGAAAAGCACUGUAAAGCCUUUCUCUUCAUCCCGCUUCUCCAGGUACCUGUUGUUUUUAAACCUAAUCCACGUGUCAAUUUUUCUGCUGGUCUCUUUCACGUUGAAAUAAACAGACACCUCGAGGAACAGAUCAAAGGCAGAGAAUUUGAUGGAGUUGGUUGCCUUCCUCCAGAAGGGAUUGCCUGUGUUAGGGCAGAUUUCUCUCCAGGGGCCUGACGAACCACUGGCUCACGCUGUAGAUCAUGGAGCCCAUGUUGGCUAAUAUUGGAACCACCUGUGAGUCUUUGAAAGCCCCCCCCCCCCCAUGCUUUGGUGCCACCUCCAGAUUUCUGAUUCAAUUGGUGUGGACUGUGACCUAGGUACUGGGUGGUUUUUAAAGCUUCCCAGGUGUGGUCAAGUUUGGAAUUAACUUGGAAUAUAAAUGCAUGCAUUUUGUGCAUUGGUGAAUUACUGCUUCAGUCUUUGAUUCCAGCAUCAUAUGAUACCAAUUGGAGCAAUCAAUUUAAGCCAAAGAAGCUGGCUGUGUCCACGUUGAACAUGAGCACAGGACAAAGAGAAAAGGGAGAGAUGCCGAGAUAUAUUUGGCUCUAGGGAGCACCUUAGCUCUAUUAUUUAUAAAUCUGGAUAAAGAUAUCUUCAUUCAAAAUGUCUUCUAUUUUUUGAUAGUCUAGAUCCGUCCCAAGAGAACUUUCUGUGAUGACAGGAGUGUUCCGUUCUCUGCUACACAGUGUUGUCGCCAUGAGUGACAUGUAGGUGUUCGAGAAGUUGAAAUGUGGAUGGUGCAACUGAGAAACCAAAGUUUACCUAAGUUUAAUUCAUACAAAUUUAAACCACACAUCUGGGUAGCGGCUACUCUACUGGACAGUGCAGCUCCAGUUUUUAAUAACAUCGUCUUCAUCUUCAUCAACUAAUUCUUGAUAUUUUUCAUCUUUUUGUGACAUGGGGAUCCCCACCUCCAGUGUAUCAGAACAGCAGGAAUCUUCAGAGGGACAAGAAUCAGGAGAUAUUUGCUCAGAAGAGAAUCAAAUAGUUUCCUCUUAUGCUGCUAAACUCGGUUUUGAGGUUGAACAAGAUUAUACAAAUCAUCAGUUUCUGGGGCCUGAAGGAAAUGUGGAUGUUGAGUUGAUUGAUAAGAGCACAAACACAUACAGCCUUCGUUUCCCCACUGCUGGCUGGUAUCUGUGGUCAGCCACCGGCCUCGGCUUCGUGGUAAGGGAUGCGGUCACGGUGACGAUUGCGUUUGGUUCCUGGAGUCAGCACCUGGGCCUGGACCUGCAGCACCAUGAACAGUGGCUGGUGGCCGGCCCCUUGUUUGCCAUCACUGCAGAGCCAGAGGAGGCUGUGGCCGAAAUCCACCUCCCCCACUUCAUCUCCCUCCAAGCAGGUGAGGUGGACGUCUCCUGGUUCCUCAUGGCCCAUUUUAAGGAUGAAGGGAUGGUCCUGGAGCAGCCAAGCCGGGUAGAGCCUUUCUAUGCUGUCCUGGAAAACCCCAGCUUCUCUCUGAUGGGCAUCCUGCUGCGGAUCGCCAGGGGGACUCGCCUCUCCAUCCCCAUCACCUCCAACACGUUGCUCUAUUUUCACCCCCACCCUGAAGACGUUAAGUUCCACUUGUACCUUGUCCCCAGCGACGCCUUGCUGACGAAGAUGAUAGAUGAUGAGGAAGAUCGCUUCUGUGGUGUGCGUCUACAGACUUCACCCCCAGUGGAACCCCUGACCUUUGGUGCCCAUUAUAUUGUGUCUAAUUCUGCUCAUCUGGAAAUAAUACCCACGGAGUUGAAAUUGUCCUACAGGAGCCCUGGAGAAAUCCAGCCCUUCUCGAAAUUCUAUGCUGGGCAGAUGAAGGAACCCAUUCAACUUGAAAUUACUGACAAAAGACAUGGGACUUUGGUCUGGAAGACUGUGGUGAAGCCAGUGGAUAUCCAGCUUGGAGCUGCAACCGCCCCACCUGCCUUCUCAGGUGCAGUCUUUGUGAGGGAGAACCACCGGCAACUCCAAGCCAGGAUUGGGGACCUGAAAGGGGUGCUCGAUGAUCUCCAAGACAAUGAGGUUCUCACUGAGAAUGAGAAGGAGCUGGUGGAGCAGGCAAAGACACGGCAGAGCAAGAAUGACACUCUGCUGACAAUGGUGGAGAAGAAAGGGGACCGGGCCCUGGAGCUGCUCUUCAGAAGCCUUAGUGAGAGGGACCCUUACCUCGUGUCCUAUCUUAGACAGCUGAGUUUGUAAAGGGAGUCAGUCCGAGAGUGUGGAAGAGAGAAUCCAGCGUUCUCAUUGGAAAUGAAUGAGUAGAAAUGCAUCCUUGAUUCCAGUGUCCAAAACAGAGGAGGGCUGGGUCACAUUUGCCCAUCACACAGGCUUUGGGGACAGAGACGUCACCUGGAAGACACCCACUGGCUGUAUCCCCAUGCCUUUCCCUCAAGAAUAUCUGAAGAAAGUAACAAUAGUGCUUUUAAAUCUUUUCUAACCAUGGCUCGAUAUAUGACUAUUCCAUCCAUUGACGCAUUUCCUGAAGACCCAGAGCGAAUAAGUCAAGGCAGUUGUGUUUAUGCAUGACAGGCUCUAGAAAGGAAAAUUCUCCUGAUGAACCUGAAAACCAACUAUUCUGGACACUCUGUUUGAUGUCUCACCAUUCCACCACAAAAAGCAGGAAAGCUAACACAAUCUCUCAAUCGAAGAGACUCAAGGUAUUUCUUAAUGGUAUUGGUUUUAUACACGUUGUUCCUUUAACAUUUUGUCUAUUGCUGUUAUUACUAGAAUAAUGUAAGUACGUUAUCCUACAAGUACCCGGGAGGCAGAGGCUGCAGUGAGCCGAGGUCGCACCAUCACAUUCCAACCUGGGCGACAGAUGGAGACUCCAUCCAAAAAAAAAAAAAAAAACCCUUGGGAAAUUGCUAUGUAUCUUGUACUUUUAAUCAUUGAGUUUUGUAUAACUCAUUGACUGUUUCAAUAGCUCUCGAGGAAAAUGGCCUAUUAACGGAUUACCAGAUAUUUACCAUUACUUGAUUUUCCAAAUUUCAUUCUGCAGUUUUCUUUUUUGUCUGAAAAACUUUGAUUUGUAGUUCUUUUUUUUUUUUUUUUGAGUCGGGGCUGGAGUGCAGUGGCCAGAU